AUGACUGCGCAACCUCAAAUUGGGGCUCCAGCCCUUGAUGAAUUCAUGGAUCUGGCUUCGUCGCCUUUCCAUAACGUAGAAGAUCUUGAACUCAACUUCGAUGACAUGGAAAACCCUGAAGUCCACGAUACAGAAGAUAAUCAAAUGGAUGAGAUGGGUUCUGAUGGGGCGGUCGUUGAUGAUGUGAUGCAGGAAGAAGUCGAAGAAGAGCUGCUAGAAGAUGAGAAUAUGCUCGAAGAGCAGGACAAUCCCCAGACUCAGCAAGGAGUCGAGUUCGAAAUGGACGAUACCCACCAGGCGAAGGAUGAACAGUACGAUCCUGAAGAUGACACAAUACUCUACGACGAAGAUGAAGAAGCCAACAACGAUUCUGCGAACCUGCAGCAAGACUACGGACAUGAGCUCGCCGAAGAUGAUGACAUUUUGGAGCCGCCGGAAGCGGAAGUGGAAGCGUCUGGUGUUCAAGACGAAAUCUCAGACGACAAGGUGCCCCAGAGUGAUUCUCGCUUGGAGACCGAAGUGCAACAAGCUGUCGGUGAUUCUGCGCCCGCAGACACUAUUUCCCAAAAGGACCAUGAUGAGGUCUCAGGUCCAAGCGUCGUUAGCAAGGAUUUUGCGGACACAUCCAGCCUCCUGAAUCCCGACCACUCAAUACAAAUUGUACACGAGGAGGCAUCUGAGGAUGCAGAUCAUGAGCGUGAGGAUUUGCAUGCCGUAUAUGAGGGAUCUGAACAAGCCCAGGUUGCAGAAGACCCUGAGUCUUCCGUGUAUCCAGCUGAGGCACCACCUGCGGAGUCCACCCAAGAGAGCUCAGAGUCUGAAUCUGAGGACGGACAACUCGUCGAAGACUCAGCAAUCCAAGAGGCUUUACACGCGAUUCGAGUCGAGUGGAUCGAUGCUCGCAACAGGUUUCCCCUGUUUCCUUCGGUCGAUGGAGACACUUCUGAGUGUUUUCUCCACGAUACAGGCUUGGCCUAUGAACCACUAGACAAGCUUCUCGCAGGAUGCCAUGCAAUCGUUGAGCAAGAGCUUGGUGUCAACGACGAAUUAGUGCUUGACGUCCCAGAUCUGGGCCUUCAUAUCUGCGAAGACUCUAAGUAUGCCGCAGAGCUCACUCUGGCCCAGAUCGUGGAUAUUUACUUGAUGCUCAAGCGUAAUGAGUCAGCUGGCCCGGUCACCUCGAUGUACUGCAGGAUCAGUCCCCGGGUCUGCCUUGAGACUCAGUAUCGUUACCUGUAUGGUGCUGCCAGUGAUCAUCGCACUUAUAGUUCGAUCAAGAUGGAAAAUCAGUCUGCGACGCAAGAGGUCAUUCGAGGUCAGGGCGAAGAACCUGAGCCUUUCCACGAAGAAGUGCCUGACCCGACUGGUCUCGAGCACGAUACUGUAAGUGAACGACAUUUGCCUGUCGUGAACGAUAGCACACUAGACGAUAUAACCACGCUCGAAAUGGCGUCCGACGAGCAACAUGUCAUCAAGACUCAACAGCCAAGUCAUGAGACUAGUUCGGCCUUGACCAGUCAACCUUUAGACUCAACCGCCAACGAGGUUCAAUCCGGGAUGUCUGAACAGGAACAGAAUCUCCAGGUCAGGGAAGCCGAAAAUGAAGAUGCUGGUGCGGAUGGCGAUAUUCUCGAAGCUCUUGACGACGAAUAUGAGCCUGAGGACGACAGUAAUCUCAACCACAAGUUCGACCCUGAGCUCGAAGACAGCAAUAGUUCUCACACCGUCGAGGGCGAGUUUAAGUCCAGCCAUGAAGAUGAUGCUGAGAAUAUGGCGCCUCAUACCAAUGCCGAGGAAGACUUCGAGACAAAAGUCGAUGAGCAACCCUCAGCCGAUGAUGCUCAGCUACAGAACCUCCCGGAACCCGAGGCCGAGGCUGAAGGGGAGGGCGAGGAUGCAGAGUAUUUCUACAACAGCGACGAGGAGUUCCUGAGCAAUACUGGCGAGGAUGGUACAGAAAACGCCGCCGAGGAGACCAAACCCCAAGGCGAGGAUGGAGUCGACCUCGAAACCCCCGACGAUGGCGAGGGGUCUUAUCAAGAUGUCCAGAUACUUCGCCAGGGCGAGGAAGGAUUGCAGGACGGAGUCGAUGUCAACGGGGUGCCUCCUGUCACACCGGAAAAGGCUGCUUCAACAAAACGAAAAGCCGUUGACGACGACGAUUUUCUGGACCUUAGCAUCGAUACGCCCGAGCCUAAACGUCGCCGUCCAUCUUGA